AUGAGCAUCAAUGCCUAUUCUAUUGUCAGAAUCAUUAUCGGACCAUGCGGAGCCUGCAAAUUCUUGCGAAAGAAGUGCCAAGAUGAUUGCAUAUUUGCACCUUAUUUCGACUCUGAUCAAGGAACCGCCGAUUUCGAGUCCGUUCACAAGAUUUUCGGAGCAAGCAACAUUUCCAAGCUUCUAACGAAUAUCCCGAUCCAACAAAGAACCGAUGCCGUUUUCACUUUGUGUUUGGAGGCUCGUGCUCGUCUCCGAGAUCCUAUCUAUGGUUGCAUAUCUGAUAUCAAUACUCUCCAAGAUCAGGUCAUAACUCUACAAGCUGAGCUUUCGUCCUUGCAAGCCCAUGUAGCCACUCCGCCACCUCAACCGCCACCUCAGCAAAUUCCGCUGUCAGUGUCGGACUUCCCUUUUGCUGGAGGUGCCACCUCUGACAUGUCAUCUCUCGCCGGAGCUCCGGUGGCCGGCGGUGGUGGGGAAGAAUUACUGUUGAAGAAUCAAGGAUCUGACGUCCCAAGCAUGCCACCUGGCCCUAAUUGA